AUGGACAAGGCUGGGUACACACGCCUCUUAAGUGCAGCUUCAAUUGAUGAUUCUUCCAAGCUCUUGCGUGCUGAUGAAAAGCGAGCAAAAUCCCAUUGUCGUCCACCAAAGCACUUUCAUCCGCUUCUUAAAGAGGAGAAAGAUGUCAACAUGAUCCUACGUGAAGUGUUACUUCAGAACAUCGCCGAUUCACUCUCACCGAAGGGUUCCAGACCUGCUCAUCUUUGUGGCCUUCUGAAGACCCACAAAGCCAAUCUUAGUAUGAGGCCGAUUUUAUCGGAAACAGGAACGUAUGACUACAACUUGUCUAAAUGGUUGGAAGAAAAACUGAAACCACUCUCCAUGAAUGAUUUUACGAUUACCGAUGCCAUUCGCUUCUCCGAAGAAAUCCGCAACUCACCUAUCGGCGAAGACGACAUACUGGUCCCUUAUGAUGUCACAGCCCUCUUUACUAACUUUCCUUUAAAUGGAACCAUCAACAUCUUAGUCGAAAAAGCGUUUGUCGAUGAUUGGUUUAACCAAACUUAUGACCUUAACCUGCAAAACGAUCAACUCACAAAACUCCUCAAGAUCGCCUCUCACCGCUAA